AUGCCGCCCCUCUCCCCGCGCACCCGCGAAGCCGGCCGCGCCCGCAUCUACGGAAAUCCCGCCGCCGUAGGCAUGAAUUCCUCCGAGUGGUCGGUCCAUCUGCGCGACGAGGAACGGUCGGAUUACUCGCCGUCGGAUUGGGAACGGAUCGUGACGCCCCAGCGACGGAUGGAUGAAACGGCUGCUGCUGGUGCUGCAGCUGGUCGUGGUGGUGCUGGUGGUGGAAGAGGAGGAGGUGAUGGUCACUGUGAUGGUGAAGGCAGCCCGACGCCCAGGGCUCGAAGGACGGGUGGGAAUGGUGCUGCUUGUGGUGGCUAUCCUCGUGCUUCGAGACAGUGGAACAGGAAUGACACUCAAGGCGAGGACGAGUACGAAAACGAAGACGAAGACGAUGAAGACGACGAAGACCACUGGCUCAUAGGCUCCUUCCGCCCACCCACCGCCGCCGAACACAGCACCACAGUUUCCGUCUCCCGCCCACCACCACCACCACCCGGUCCCUCAGGCCCUCCUCCCCGUCGUCGUCCCCCUCGCAUCCCGAUCCCACCUCCUUUCGAUCCCCGGACGGCGCUAGAUAGACACUUGCAGCCGCCGCGUCCGCCGCCGCCAGCGCGUCCGCUGCAGCGGUCCGAGGAGCGGGGUUUCCUUCUGCCGUCUCUUUGGCAGCGACGGCAGGAAGGACAGGAACGACAAAGUGGAGGACUUACCCGUCUAUCCCUCCUGUCUAGCAACGACAAUAAUGGAGGUUAUACCGCACAGGAGCGUGAGCGCAACCAACUCCUCGCCGAGCUGAGGGCGGGAUCCGAAGUCCCAAUGGCACCGAACCGCGCAUCUCUUCACCCCCACCAUCACCGCACCCAAAUCCAGGUCCAGGUCCAGCGUGAGGUCGGUUCAAGCAGACUGCGGCGCGUGGAACCGUUUCGCAACUUGCUGGCUGCGAUUGAGGUGGAGGAGGAGGAGAGGGCCAGGGUGGCGAGGGAAAGGGAGAAUCGGGUCAGGACGUGGAGUGCGGAGGUGGUGGCGGCGGGGAAUUGCGGGGUGGUUAUGACGCCUUCGGUGGAUGUGUUUGGGGGGCGGGAGGGGGAGGGGGAGGGGAGGGACGAGCGGAUGGAAGGGAGGAGGGCGAGUGCGGAGAAUAGGCGGGAUGGGGGAGGACGUCGUGGAGCGCCGCAGGUGAGCAGGAGCUUUGAAGAUGCGGCUAGAGGGAGGUAUGCGCCCUCUGAUGAUUCGGAAGAUGAGGAGUGA